ACAAGCACCAAACCAGCGAAUGAGAAAAAGGACCAGGAAGAAGUCAUAAUGGUUCUAUGGUGUCUCUAUGUCAUCCUGCUCCUCCCCCUACUAACCUGCUCCAGCCAACCACAGUCCUAUCUACAGUGUGUCAAUGACUUCAUCAGUAACAUCACGUGUGUGUUGAACAACACAUGCAUACCCCCAGACAUGCCGUGCACUCUGCAUGGUGAAUACCCCGGGUUUAAAAGGCAAUGUGAGAUGAAGUCCUUGGCCGGUUUCAACACAACCUUGAGAGGCGGCAGUCUGGUCUUUGAGGGCAAUCCAUUCUUUUGGGAAGAGGAUAAAAUAUCCAUUGUUGUACGGUGUGGACAAGCAGAAGAUUAUGUGAUACAGAUUGAAUACCUGUAUCAACCAUUUAACCACAUUAAAAUGCAUCCCCCUGGCAAGCCGACCGUCAUCAAUGCCUCAAUCGCCUGGACACCAGGAGCUCCCAUUUCAAAAAUGAUAGUCAACUAUGACUUCCAACUACAGUGGAAACAGGAACUACAUCACUGGGAGGAUGCUGUGGAGGUGAACAUAUCAAACAAACAGAUGUAUUUUGACCUGGACCCUGAGAUGCUGGAGGGAGGAAGGAGGUACCAGGUCAGAGUCCGGGUUCGAGCCGAUUACCCAGACUGUCAGUGGAGCGACUGGAGCCCCAGUGCAUCAUGGGUCUCCACUCUGGGCCAGAUGAAGCCAACAGGUAGUCCUGAUGUUCUAGACCAGGACUUUGUGGUGGUCACCGUGGUGGGAGCUGUUGUUGUACUGGUCCUGCUGGUCUCCAUGUUGCUCUGCAAAGGAAAGGUCAAGAAUAUUCUGAAUCCUCCUAUACCAGAUCCCUCCAGGUACUUUGAGGGCCUCAACCUCCAGCACGAUGGAAACUUCAAGGCUUGGCUGGGUCCUUUGUUCGCCUUUGAAGCCGUCGACUCUGCCUUGCACCGUGAAGACAUCUCCCAGGUAGAGAUUACCAACAACAUUGGCACCAUCGCCCCCCUGAGGAGGGAGACCGAUACUGCACUACUACUGAAGAAGAGAUUGGACAAUAGUGGCCGCUCCGGCUUCAGCAACUUCUUAUCUCAAUGCUCCCAGCCUGGAUCCACAUCCACCAAGUUGGAACCCUGCUCUGUACACUCCCCUUACGGACCAGUAGGUGGCACUACUGAAGAGAUAGAUGAGUGGAAGGAGGAGAACAGAGGAGAUAGGAUGGAUAGUAAUAGAGGUGUAGGGGGGAAGGACGAAGAUAUCAGGGGUGGAGGGAAGGAGGGAGAGAUGGGGGGUGGAGGGAAGGAGAGAGAGUUGGGGGGUGGAGGGAAGGAGAGAGAGAUGUGUGGUGAAGGGAAGGAGAGAGAGAUGUGUGGUGAAGGGAAGGAUAGAGAGAUGUUGGGUGGAGGGAAGGAUAGAGAGCUGUAUGGUGGAAGUAUAUUUGGAGGCAUCAGUGGAGGUAAAGAUAUCGUCCAGGUUUCUUCUUACGAGCGUGUUGAGAAGCUCCAGGCCGAGCGUCGGGCCCUCAUAAGCCCAGAUUCAGGCAUCGGCAGUGGGGCAGAGGAUCAGGAAAGUCAGGAGAGCGUGGAGGAUGCGGUCGGGCCUAUUGCAUCCACCCCCCAUUUUGUCUCUCAGGACUUCCAUCUUGUUCCGCUUCUUCCUCUUAUCAAUAACAAUAACUUUACAUUCUGCUCCACCCCCUUACCCAUUUCCCUGUCCGCUUUCCCCCAGCAUCCCUUCACCCUACCUGGGUUGGAUAGUGUAGGGGGAAAGGGUACGGAGAUGGGGGUUGGAGGAGGUUCUCUCACAAUGUCUUCCUCCUAUGAACGUGUGGAUAAUCUGCAGCUCCAGGCCCAACUCUUGGCCCCUCAGAGACCAGAUUCAGACAUUGGCAGUGGGGGAGAGGAUCAGGAAAGCCAGGAGAGCGUGGGGGAUGAGGUCAGGCUAACUGUGACCCCCUGUAACCAUAUCCCUCUUAUUACCACUAACAAUAUAUUUCCAUUCUGUUCCACCCCCUUACCAAUCCCGCUGGAUGUUUUACCCCAACUACCCCUCACCUUCUCUGGGUUUGGGAUGGUUCCAUCCCUGGGACCCAGUACUAGUACCAGUCAUCAAGACAGGCUGUUGGAGAUAUCUCUCCUGUCUUCUUCAAUGGCAAUAGAGCCCUCUAGUGGAGGCUACAUGCCAGUGAAAGAAGCUCAGAACUGAACUAUGAAAACAUUUGACUAGGGAGGGACUAAUGAUUUAUAUAUACACUAGAUGCCUGACAGGCUGUUUUGAAGCCACCACUCCUCCAUCUUGGCACUCCCCCUCCAUUGUAAAAAAUACUUUGGAAGCUAUAGAAAUGCAUUUACUAAUGUCUACAUUUGUUUUUACCACAUGUAUUCUAUUACAGACACACUUUUUUUUUAAGAACUAAUGUAACUGUCCCCACUACAACAACAGAAAAAGACUUACAAAUACGUCAUUUGGUCGUUGAAACGUUUCAAUGACAUACUGUAGAAUUCCAUCCAUUCCAAUAGAGCUCCACAGUGGAGGUGCUAUAAUACCCAUAAAACCUAGCGUUCAAACAGGGAAACGGUUCCAAUUGUUUUUCCACCAUUCAUUUUUCCCUUAAUGGAUUUUAGAAACACUUAAAAUAAGGCCUGUGGCCUCCUGAGUGACGCAGUGGUCUAAAACUCUGCAUCGCAAGCUGUGUCAGAGCCCGGCUGUGAGCGGGAGCCCCAUAGGGCGACACACAAUUGGCCCAGGGUUUGGCCGGGGGGCUUUCCUAGGCUCAUCGCACUCUAUCGACUCCUUGUGGCAGUGUUAAAGUGUUAAACAAAUCAAAAUAUAUUGUAGAUUCUUCAAAGUUGCCACCUUUUGCCUUGAUGACAGCUUUGCACACUCUGUGUUCUCUCAACCAGUUUCACCUGGAAUGCUUUUCCAACUGUCUUGAAGGAGUUUCCACAUAUGAUGAGCACUUGUUGGCUGUGGUCCAACUCAUCCCAAACCCUCUCAAUUGGGUUGAGGUCGGGUAAUUGUGGAAUCCAGGUCAUUUGAUGCAGCACUCACAGCUUGGAGGUGCAGAGAUUAUCACAGUUUGGAGGUGCAGAGAUUAUCACAGUUUGGAGGUGCAGAGAUUAUCACAGUUUGGAGGUGCAGAGAUUAUCACAGUUUGGAGGUGCAGAGAUUAUCACAGCUUGGAGGUGCAGAGAUUAUCACAGUUUGGAGGUGCAUAGAUUAUCACAGUUUGGAGGUGCAUAGAUUAUCACAGUUUGGAGGUGCAGAGAUUAUCACAGUUUGGAGGUGCAGAGAUUAUCACAGUUUGGAGGUGCAGAGAUUAUCACAGUUUGGAGGUGCAGAGAUUAUCACAGUUUGGAGGUGCAGAUAUCAUCACAGCUUGGAGGUGCAGAGAUCAUCACAGCUUGGAGGUGCAGAGAUCAUCAUAGCUUGGAGGUGCAGAGAUCAUCAUAGCUUGGAGGUGCAGAGAUCAUCACAGCUUGGAGGUGCAGAGAUCAUCACAGCUUGGAGGUGCAGAGAUCAUCACAGCUUGGAGGUGCAGAGAUCAUCACAGCUUGGAGGUGCAGAGACACAUGCAGAUCAUCUGUUCACCUACUCUGCAUCUCACAAAGACAUGGCGGUUGGAACCAGAAAUCUAAAAUUUCGACUCAUCAGACCAAGGGACAGAUUUCCACCUUUCUAAUUUCCAUUGCUUGUGUAUCUUGUCCCAAGCAAGUCUCUUCUUAUUAUUGGUGUCCUUUAAUAGUGGUUUCUUUGCAGCAAUUCAGCCAUGAUUCACACCGUCUCCUCUGAACUGGUGAUGUUGAGAUGUGUCUGUUAUUUAAACUCUGUGAAGCAUUUAAUUGGGCUGCAAUUUCUGAGGUGGUAACUGUAAUGAACUUAUCCUCUGCAGCAGAGGUAACUCUGGGUCUUCCUUUCCUGUGGGGGUCCUCAUGAGAGCCA